AUGGCUUCUUCGACUACAGAGCCUGUGCCUAAUUCCACGGCCACCACCCUAUCAAAUAGCAACUCGACUUCCAUGACACCAAGCAAUACAACCACAAUGACAUCGAACCCUUUAUCCUCCGCAAAUGCCCCCAUAACAUCUUCCGUGCAUCAGAAUCGCGUUUUCCGUCGCCCUCCAAGGAAAAGCACCUUGACCCAGCAGCAGAAGAACCAAAAAAGGCAGCGCGCAACCCAGGAUCAACUCGCUACUCUCGAAAUGGAGUUUAAUAAGAACCCCACCCCCACUGCUGCUGUACGUGAGAGAAUUGCGGAGGAAAUAAAUAUGACUGAACGAUCCGUGCAGAUUUGGUUUCAGAAUAGACGAGCCAAGAUCAAGAUGAUUGCCAAAAAGGGUAUUGAAUCCGGUGAAGACUGUGAUGCAAUUCCCGAGUCAAUGCGCCAAUAUCUUGCCCUUCAUUUUGACCCAUCGAAAUCCGAUGCCCGCAAUCUAUUCAAUAGGGGAUAUGGUACCGAGAUGCACCAGUCUGCGUCUUCCGGUAAAACGGUAAUCCAUCACCUUGAGUGCGGUUCUCUGAGAAUUGGAUCAUGGUGCCGUGUUGCCCAAACUGCCAUGGAUCUAAUAAUCUUUUACUGCCCGGCAAAAGGUAUCGUCACGUAUUAUAUCCACAAUGACUCUGCUGGAUAUAAGAUCGAAUACCCGUUCGCUUUUAUAAAGAAUAUCGUUUUGGAGUCAGGUGAUACCGUCCCCGGUCCCGAUGGUACCGGCCCGAGAACUAGAGGAUUGGUCAUCGAACUAAACCGCCCACCAAAUUUCUACAUGGAUUUGCAAAAUAACGGCGGCUUUUACCAAUGCAGGGACUUCACAGAGAAUCAACAGGCUACAAAAUCACUGGUCCACUAUUUGGGCGGUGCCCCAAAGACACUCAGCAUCCAGCUUGCCAACCUAGUUUCCCUUGAAUCCUUCCAGAACCGGCUGGUGCAAUACGAUUUCAAUGGCUAUGCCGUCUCCGCACCCGUCUCCCCCCACCUCCUUCACAGACCGGCAUCCCAGCCAAACCAGCUUGUCAGGCCCACUUCAUCCAUGUACCACCAAGAGAACCAUAAUAGUAAUAACCACUUCGGCAUGAACUUACAUCCUGGUCGUGCACACGGGCACAAGAGACAGCGGAGCCGUUCCGUCCCUGCACUUAUGGAUUUUGCCUCCAUGACGCCCAUACCGUCCUUCCACAUCCAACACCCAUCCACCCAGUUCCAACCGGACCCAAAUAUCUUCGCCCCCAUACCCAUCCCACAAUCCCGCAUCCCCCAUAACCAUAUUGCAAAUAAUGACCUACUCAUCGACACCUCGGCCAGCUAUGCUGUGGAUUUUAGAGCAUUCCCUCAGCCCCCCAUGUCCGCAACUACCGUAGCAACGACAUCCACCACCACUACAGCUACAACUACAACAGACACCUCGUCGGAAUUCGCUAAUCCCCAAUUCUUUCCGACGAACGCUCCACAGGCUCAAAAUCAGCAAUCUCAACAACAUCAACAAUCUCAAUCCCAGCCGCAACAUCUCGGAACCCCAUACGGCCUCCCUUUCCUGUCCCAACCAUCUCCCACCACCGGACCCAUGCUCGACCAGCAGCCAGGACUACUACGACCCUCUACAUCGCCACUGUCCCACCCUUAUGUAAAUGUUAGCCAGGUGGAACCGAUGAUUGCUAAUGCGUCGCCACCACUUUCGACGCUUCAUGGUACUGGCAUGGGCGCUGAUGUGGAUGAGGAGAUGUUUUCGUUGUCAUUGAGUGCGGAGCACAUGGGUGGUUUUCCUGACAGUGUAGAAGGGAAUGUUGGUAGUGAUGGGGCAAAUGUUGUCAGAGGUGACGGUGAUAAGGAAAGUAUUAUGCUGAGCGAGAUAUAUGCGAAGCACAAGCUUAAUGCCCAUAUGGAUCUGGGAAUGGGGGGAGGGAUGGGGUUGAAUAUGGGCAGGAUGGGGAUGGGCGUGGGUAUGAAUCUACCUAUGCAUGGUCAUGAUGCUGGUCAGCAUUCGCCGCCGAUUGACGAUGAUAGCUUCGUGCUUGCGUUUCAAGGUUUGCAGGAUCAUGAGCAGCAUGAUGAUCAUCAUGAUAUUGAGAUUGAUAUUGAUGAGAAUGAGAACGAGAGUGGACAUGUGCGGGGGCAUUCGCCUGUGCAUGAGGGUGAUUACCAUGGUCUGCUGCCGUUUGAGAAUGGAAAUGGGAAUGGGACUGUCGAUCUGGGGAGUCUUGUCGCUGGCGUUAGUGCUGGGGAGGGUUGA